AUGCCGGAACUGCCGCGGACGCUCACACGGUCCUGGUCGUCGACACUCAAGCUCCCCAAGUCGACGUUCCCGGCGCGCGUGUCCCCGGCCGAUCAAGCAAAAUACCUACGACGAUGCACCGAUGAGCUAUACGCCUGGCAACGCCAUGAACGACCCGCUGACCGACCCUUCGUCCUUCACGAUGGACCCCCGUAUGCGAAUGGCGAACUUCAUAUCGGUCAUGCGCUGAAUAAAAUCCUCAAGGACAUUAUCUGUCGAGUGCACCUGGGGCGGGGGAAGAGAGUGCGCUAUGUUCCUGGGUGGGACUGUCAUGGGCUACCUAUCGAGCUUAAGGCACUACAGGGCGAGAAAGAUGCUGGGAUGGUGGCCAAUGGGCCAGUCAGUGCGGCGGUGGUUCGCAACAAGGCGCGGAAAUUGGCCGGGAAGACGGUUAAAGAGCAGAUGAAGGGAUUCCGCGGGUUCGGUGUCAUGGCUGACUGGGAGAGUCAUUGGAAAACUAUGGAUAAGGAGUUUGAGAAGAGGCAAUUGGGCGUUUUCCGUGAAAUGGUUGACAAAGGCUUGAUUUAUCGAAGGUUCAAACCGGUCUAUUGGUCUCCGUCUACUGGUACGGCGCUGGCAGAAGCUGAAUUGGAGUACAAGGAUGACCAUGUGUCUACGGCUGCUCUGGUUAAGUUUCCGCUCGUUUCGCUCCCGCCUCACUUGGCGCAGAAUCCUUUGCUUUGCGACAAGGAGGUCAGUGCUGUUAUUUGGACAACCACACCUUGGACAUUGCCAGCCAAUGCUGUGAUUGCGGUUCACGAAUCUCUGGAGUAUACGAUCGUCGAGUCUGACACACGCGGGUAUCUUCUCAUUGCACAAUCUCGGUUAGAAUACCUUCAGAAUAUUCUGAAGGAAGACUUGUCCGUCAUCGUCCCGUCUAUCCUUGGUUCGGAACUGGCAGAUCGGACUACGUACCGGCCACUUUUUAAGGGACGAGAUGCUCAGGCUCAGCCCAUGAUUGCAGCGGACUUUGUGACUGCGGAUUCUGGAUCUGGACUCGUUCACUGCGCUCCUGGACAUGGUAUGGAUGAUUACGAAGCUUGUGCGUCUCAUGGAAUUGCCGCGUUUGCCCCGGUCAAUGAUCACGGAGAAUUCACCAACGAGGCCAUGCCUAUCGAUCAUAGUAGAUUGAGUGGCAAAAAUGUCCUUGGAGAGGGGAAUGCCGCUGUUCUGGAAUAUGUUGAAUCGCAGGGCCAACUCAUAGCGCAGCAUCGAUACGAGCACAAGUACCCGUACGACUGGCGCUCUAAACUCCCGAUCAUCAUCAGAGCUACCGAGCAAUGGUUCGCCGAUGUUGGAGACAUUCGCGACAGUGCUGUCAAGGCUUUGCAAGACGUCCACUUCUUCCCUCAGCCUGGAAAGCAACGGCUGGAGAACUUCGUCAAGAACCGUAGCGAAUGGUGUAUCUCUCGUCAACGUGCAUGGGGUGUCCCAAUUCCUGCACUCUACCACCGCGACACGGGCGAAGCUGUGCUUAGCAAGGACAGUGUAUCGCACAUCAUGUCUGUGAUUGAUGAGCGCGGUGUCGAUGCCUGGUGGACAGACGAUGCGAAUGAUGUGGCAUGGAUUCCUGCAACCCUGCGGGAUGCUUCUGGCUCUGGUUACCGACGUGGAACGGACACCAUGGAUGUCUGGUUUGACAGCGGUACCAGUUGGACUGAAAUCGACGGACUCGCACAGGAUAAGGGUCAUCUUGCGGAUGUUUACCUCGAAGGAACCGACCAGCACCGUGGCUGGUUCCAGUCAGGAUUGCUCACCUACAUCGCACACCAGCUUGCUUCGGGACAGACGAGUGUUCCCACUGCGCCAUUCAAAAACCUGAUUACCCAUGGUUUCACCCUUGACGAAGACGGUCGCAAGAUGAGCAAGUCGAUUGGCAACGUGGUGGAACCGCAAGCCAUCAUGAACGGAACCCUCCUGCCACCGCUCAAGCAAAAGAAGGGCAAGAAGAAGCAAUCAGAGAACGCGGUCUCAGUCUACGAUGCUCUUGGUCCUGACGCGCUUCGCAUGUGGGUUGCUAGCAGUGACUACACGAGGGAUGUGGUUGUUGGGAAACAGGUCCUCCAGACGGUCAACACCAGUCUGCAUAAGUACCGUGUCACCUUCAAGCUUCUUCUCGGAGCCCUUGCGGAUUUCCGCAUGGACCGUAUUCUCCCGUACGAUCAGCUGCAGAAGGUUGACCAGAUCGCGCUCAUGCACUUAUCUGAUAUGGUGGUCGCUAGCCAAAAAGCCUGUGAUAAUUUCGAGUUCUACAGGGCCGUUAAUGCUAUCAACCGAUGGGCCAACCUCGAAUUCUCUGCGUUCUACAUGGAAUCUGUCAAGGACCGUCUUUACACGUAUGGAGAGGAUAGCGCCAGCAGACGCGCCGCGCAGACGACGCUGUUCCACAUCUACAACUACCUGCAGGAGGUACUUGCUCCGAUUACGCCGAUGCUCGUCGAAGAGACCUGGGAACAUGCUCCUGAGGCUGUUAGGUCGCAAUGCGAUCACCCCAUGAAGCGCAUCAUUUCCGCUCCCGCACCCGAAUGGCAGAGCCCUGCUCUCGAGACUGACUACCAAGACAUUAUGGCCGUUCAUUCAGUGAUCAAGACGGUACAGGAAACUGCACGAGGCAAGAAAGAGCUAGGUUCAUCUCUACAAUCUUUCGUCCACAUCGUCCUCGCGGGUGAAAACGUCACCGACUCGGUUCUCCAGCGAUACCUGUCCGAGCUCCCUGACCUGUUCGUGGUUUCCUCCGUGACUUUGAGUGCACAGAGUGAGCCUGUUCUUUCCAGCAUCCAAAAUGCUGAAUGGCAUUACAUGGAGCAGUUUGAGCUGCCUAGUGGCCAGAAGGGGACCGUGUAUGUGUACACGCCGCAGCAAGCGAAGUGUCCUCGAUGCUGGCGCUAUGCUGUGCCGGAAUCGCCAACAGCGGAACAGGAAGAGGAAAAAUUAUGCGAUCGGUGCGACGAGGUUGUUCGUGAAUUUGAUGCCAACGCUGCAUGA